CCAGAGCAGGGAGGGUCAUCAUGUUUCCGCCGGCGCAGCUUCAUUUCAGCGCCUGGAGAACCAGAGAGCUGCGAGAGCUUCUGGAAGACGAAGACAAAAUAAAUCACGUGGUCAGGAGCAGCGAGAAGUUUCAGAGACUGCAGCACGCUGCAGAAAAGAUCCUCAUUUCAAAUCAAAAGCUGGCAAAAGUCAGUCUUAGCCAGAAACCCAGAUUUAGAGAUGCAAAGCUGCUGCUCGCAAUGAAGUACAAGGAGCUGGAGAAACUUCGAAGCAUCAUUCAGGCCAAACAAGAACAGCUUGCUGAAAAAUACAGCGUCCAUUAUGCUCACUGGUGCCUCACGAACAAGAUCAGUCAUGCAGAGGUGGAGUCUGAGCUGCUGUUUCAGAGGUUUACAGAAGGAAAAACGUCAAUGCCAGAUUUCUUGGAGUCCUUUCUCAGCGUCCAGAAACUCCAUCACAUCAGGCUGGUCCUGGUGAAGAAACUGCAGGAGAUUAUCAGACACAAACAGAGAACAGCACAAAGGCUCAGUGAGGUUCAGCCUGAGGCUCAGUAUUUUUCUCUGGGCCUUCCUGAGCAGAUCGGCUUGAGCUCAGCCGUUGUCUUACCUCCGUUCCUGCUGCCACUUGAUGCCCACAUAAACACGGCCCCGUAUCUCCAGCCUUCACUAUUUUGCUCUGAUGAGAAUGAGCUCCUUCAAAUAGGCGUGCACGGACGAGGUCUGAAACGGCCGGCGAGACCCGUCCGCCUGCAGCCACUGAACACGCAGCAGAGGCAUCAACAAGCACCACAGUGAAGUCCGUGAAGCUUCGAUCAAAUUUAGUCCAGAUUCAUGUAUUUGUCAUAAAAAAAUUAACAGUGAGAAGCAGCAAAGUUUGGGGUAGAAAAUAUAUUCUUAAACGAUCUCACAUAAAAAGCUCAGUGGGUUUACUGUGUAUUCUUCAGUAAGGUGUUCUUUGAGCUGCACAUCACACUUCGGGGAUGAGAAUUGAGUUAAUUUUCAGGGUGCUAAGCUUGGACCGGUGACUGGCCGGUCAGCCUCAUGUUAAGAGCCUCCCACACAUUCCUCCCACAGUCCACAGACAUGCAGUUAGUGGGGUUUGGUUAACUGGUG